AUGGCAGGCAGGCCUCCUGGAGGUCCGGCCAACGCCCCCCACGGUGAAGAGAACCUUCUCCUCGACCUGAACGAUGGAGCGCCCACCUACUCGUCUGGCCAGCGCCCGCCGACCACCGACGACCAUCUGCUGCAUAGGUACGACAUCGACGACUCCGAUCAGCCACAGCCACAGCCGCGCCCCUCGGUGUCCUACGAUGACUUCGUCGGCGGCGGCGGCGCCAGUGGCAGCCGCCCACCCCACGUCGCAACCGACCAGCCUGGCAUGCGCGAGUCUCUGCAGUCACCCUACAUGACGACCAGCUCCAAGCGCAUCUACUCCCAAUCCUCCGACCUGCACAACUACCAGCGCUACACCGACAUAGACGACGAGGGCAGUUCCAUGCAAGGUUCCUACGCCGCCGGAGGCCUGUACGACGAUCGCAACGAUGAGGCGCCAGGCACCACGCGUUCCCAUGCGCGCAAUCGCAAUAGCAUAAUGAGUCUGGGCGGCGGGUUGGUGGGACGCGCGAAGAACAUGCUGGGAAUGGAGCCCGAGUACUCUGAAAUGGACGUGCCGCUCACCGAGGCUGGCGCACGCAAUGCUCAGACUGCCGCUGCUGGCCAGGCGCCACCGGCAGCUCACAAGAGGAAGCAAUCCGGCUUCAAGUUCGGCUUUGGGAGCUCAAAGCCAGACCCCUCAACUCUGGGACCGCGAAUCAUACACCUCAACAACCCCCCCGCCAAUGCCGCAAACAAAUACGUCGACAAUCACGUGUCGACAGCCAAGUACAACGUAGCCACCUUCCUCCCGAAAUUCCUUUACGAACAAUUCUCGAAAUACGCCAACCUCUUCUUCUUGUUUACUGCCAUCCUGCAGCAGAUUCCCAACAUCUCGCCCACGAAUCGAUGGACGACCAUUGUCCCGCUCGUUAUCGUCCUCCUUGUCUCCGCCGUCAAGGAACAGAUCGAGGACUUUCGCCGUAAAAGCCAGGACAGUGCAUUGAACAACUCAAAGACGCGCACGCUGAAAGGAUCGGGUUUUCAGGAGACAAAAUGGGUUGACGUUGCCGUGGGAGACAUUGUGCGCGUGCAAUCGGAGGAGCCGUUCCCUGCAGAUCUGGUACUCUUGGCCAGUUCUGAGCCUGAAGGUCUUUGCUACAUUGAGACAGCCAACCUUGACGGAGAGACGAACUUGAAGAUCAAGCAGGCCAUUCCAGAGACCGCUGACCUUGUCAGCCCGAGUGAAUUGGGCAGGUUAGGUGGCAGGGUUCGAUCGGAACAGCCGAACAGCAGCUUGUAUACCUACGAGGCCACCCUAACCAUGCAGGCAGGUGGAGGCGAGAAGGAACUUCCUCUUGGUCCCGACCAGCUUCUUCUUCGUGGCGCAACUCUGCGGAAUACCCCUUGGAUUCACGGCAUCGUCGUUUUCACCGGUCAUGAGACCAAGCUCAUGCGGAACGCCACCGCCACCCCGAUCAAGAAGACGAACGUCGAGCGACUGGUCAACUAUCAGAUCCUGAUGCUUGGCGCUAUUCUCAUCACACUCAGCAUUAUUAGUUCCAUUGGAGAUGUUGUCAUUCGGGCAAAGGAAAGGGAGCAUCUUGCAUACCUGGCCCUCGAAGAGACGGCACUUGUUGGGCAAUUCUUCCUUGAUCUGCUGACCUACUGGGUCCUUUACUCCAAUUUGGUACCAAUCUCCCUUUUCGUCACGAUUGAAAUCGUCAAGUACUACCAGGCAUUCCUAAUUGAUUCGGAUCUGGACAUCUAUCACGACACCACCGGAACCCCGGCAAACUGCAGGACAUCAUCGCUUGUAGAAGAGCUUGGACAGAUUGAGUACAUUUUCUCGGACAAGACAGGAACUCUAACCUGCAACAUGAUGGAAUUCCGUCAGUGCUCAAUCGCAGGUAUUCAGUAUGCAGACGAAGUCCCAGAAGACAGGAGAGCGACGACCGAGGAUGGCAUGGAGGUUGGGAUUCAUGAUUUCAAGAGGCUGAAGGAGAAUCGAGCAAACCACCAAUCCCGCGAGAUCAUCGACAAUUUUCUUACGCUGCUAUCUACAUGUCACACCGUCAUUCCUGAGGUGAACGACAAGACCGGACACAUCAAAUACCAGGCCGCUUCCCCUGAUGAGGGUGCUCUCGUUGAGGGUGCCGUCAUCCUGGAUUACAAGUUCGUCGCGAGAAAGCCCAGAUCAGUCAUCAUCCAAGUUGAUGGUGUGGCGAGGGAAUACGAACUGCUAUGUGUGUGCGAGUUCAAUUCGACACGUAAGAGAAUGUCAACGAUCUUCAGGACUCCGGAAGGAAAGAUUGUUUGCUACACCAAGGGCGCCGAUACGGUCAUCCUUGAGCGGCUUUGCAAGGAAACCAACCCGGUCGUUGAGCCUACUCUCCAGCAUCUCGAGGAAUACGCCGCUGAAGGUCUUCGUACCCUUUGUUUGGCUAUGCGCGAAGUUCCGGAGCAGGAAUACCAGGAGUGGAGGUCUAUCUAUGAUGCUGCUGCAACAACCGUGGGCGGUAACCGUGCGGACGAACUGGACAAAGCCGCUGAGCUCAUCGAGCACGACUUCGUCCUUCUUGGAGCCACUGCUAUCGAGGAUAAGUUGCAGGAUGGAGUGCCUGAUACGAUCCACACUCUGCAAACUGCUGGCAUCAAGAUUUGGGUCCUUACUGGUGAUCGACAGGAAACAGCCAUCAACAUUGGCAUGAGUUGUAAACUCAUCAGUGAGGAUAUGACUCUGCUAAUUGUCAACGAAGAAAAUGCGGCUGCCACAAGGGACAACCUCUCGAAAAAGCUCAAUGCUAUCAAAGCACAAGCAGAGAGUUCAGCAGAGUUGGAGACGCUUGCUCUGGUCAUCGAUGGCAAGUCAUUGACCUUUGCCCUCGAGAGAGACAUGGAGAAGCUGUUCCUGGAUCUGGCUGUUGUGUGCAAGGCCGUCAUCUGCUGCCGUGUGUCCCCUCUUCAGAAAGCGCUCGUUGUGAAGCUCGUUAAACGUCACCUGAAGGCCAUUUUGCUGGCCAUCGGAGACGGCGCGAACGACGUUUCUAUGAUCCAGGCUGCUCACGUCGGCGUCGGUAUCAGCGGUAUGGAAGGUCUCCAAGCCGCUCGAAGUGCCGAUGUGGCCAUCGGCCAAUUCCGUUACCUACGCAAACUGCUACUCGUCCAUGGAUCCUGGAGCUACCAGCGAGUCAGCAAGGUUAUUCUCUACUCGUUUUACAAGAACAUUGCCCUUUUCAUGACGCAGUUCUGGUAUUCUUUCCAAAACGCAUUCUCGGGUCAGGUCAUCUACGAAUCAUGGACGCUCUCUUUCUACAACGUCUUCUUUACUGUAAUGCCGCCCUUCGUCCUUGGCAUAUUCGACCAAUUCGUCAGCGCACGUCUGCUCGACCGGUACCCGCAACUCUACCAGCUCAGUCAGAAGGGCGUCUUCUUCAAGAUGCAUUCUUUCUGGGGUUGGGUUGCCAACGGCUUCUACCACUCGCUCAUCCUGUAUUUCGUGUCGCAAGCCAUCUUCUUGUGGGACCUUCCUCAGGGCGACGGCAAGGUUGCCAGCCAUUGGGUAUGGGGACCUGCUCUGUACACGGCUGCGCUGGCCACUGUGAUCGGCAAGGCGGCCUUGAUCACGAACAUAUGGACCAAGUACACGGUUGUUGCCAUCCCUGGCUCGUUGAUCAUCUGGAUGAUCUUCCUGCCUCUGUAUGCGUACGUGGCGCCGAUGACGGGCAUUUCUUCGGAAUUCGAGGGAGUCAUUCCCAGAUUAUUCCCAAGUCCGGUGGUAUGGCUGAUGGGGUUGGUCCUGCCCUGUCUCUGUUUGUUGAGAGAUUUCGCAUGGAAAUACGCGAAACGCAUGUACUAUCCGCAAGCGUACCACCACAUCCAGGAGAUUCAGAAGUACAAUAUCCAGGAUUACCGGCCCAGAAUGGAGCAAUUCCAGAAGGCCAUCCGCAAGGUGCGCCAAGUGCAGCGCAUGCGCAAGCAACGCGGCUACGCCUUCUCUCAGACGGACGAGUCGCAAGCCAGAGUGCUGCAGGCAUACGACACGACACGCGAACGUGGCCGGUACGGCGAGAUGGCAAGUUCGAGGAGGUAG